CUCUGGGAGGUGUCAGGUACGCUCAAACAACAACCUUAGAGAACAAAUCCACGGCCGAAUACUCAACCAACGUAACGGCAACAGUGCCGAAGGGGGGUAGUGGUAGUAGCGUCAGUGUCAAUGAAGCUGCGAGGAGGAAGUUCAGUGUCCCUCGCUCACCGUCAGCGCUGAAAGAAAAAACCGCAUCCAGUAUGAGAUUGAAACCAAACUCUCAGCUACUCAAUUUAGUAGACGUCCCUUGCUAUACACCACAGCACUUGACGCUAAUUCGAUUCCCCACUGACUUGUGUACGGACUUGUGCACCCCGAGAGAACCCAAAGAGCUCGCGAACGAGGCCAGUCGCAUUAAAUUAAAGGCGAACACUGUAGCCCUGGCGCGAAAGGCUCGGAUAGAUAAGGCACGUCGAAACAAGGCUAUGAAGACCCUCACGGCGUUACCAGCUGACAGAGACUUCAGUUUAUUGGACGAGAAACAACGAGAAGUGAUGUUCAGUAUGGCGGUGGACUUUGUGCACCAUCAGAUCACCAAGGCAACGCUGACACCAAUCCAAAUGCAGUAUGCCACUAAAGCAACGUUACUGAGUGUGUUGGAGGUUCUGUACAGUCAGCAGCAACUGCUGAUGGACGCUCUGGAUCUGUCACAAGGUACUGAUGAGACUAAUGAAGUGCACACAGAAAUGCGCACGCUGCAAACCCAAAUAGCGGCACACCUGGACCAGCUCAGCCAAGUAUCAGAGAAAGAGACAGCCCAAGUCGGAUCGAACACGAAAGUCGACAUCGAUAAAAGUGCCCUCUCUCUGGGUCUAGUAGAAGGCCAGCCAGCCUUCGAAAGGAAAAAUAGUACGGAUCAGAAUGUUUGGAAUCUUGCUAUGCGCGUCAAUCCUUGAAUGCACUGUCCCAGCCUGGAGAUAUAAAAAAGGCAGGUUUGGUACUUAUAACGCAGAUUUAAAGGCAAAAAAGCUUUACUGGAUCAAAGACUGAUAAGAUACUCAAUAAAAAAACAGUACAUGGGAUGUGGUUCUAUUUCUACUACAACUCUCCACCAGCGAUCGCUCGCACCCUUCGGUCAGUGAGCAGCAAGUGCACAACAUCGUGGUGACCACUUUUUGCAGCCAAUCUCAGCGCACUAUUGUUGCGGUCAGACGGGUCAAUAUCUGCAUGCGCCAAAAGUAGCUCAACAAGUUCUGUCUCCCCCUCUUUAAGUGCAAUGGCCAAGGCCCUCCCCUCAAUUGGUUCUUUGCUGAGCCUCAGUAGAAACUCAACCACGUUUACGUGUCCAUUGGCACAUGCCAUGCGGAUGGCGUAGUUUUGCAGGCUCGCCGGUUUAACGCGUGAAUCCUUACUGAGAAUUUCUACUAUGUCACUCCGCCCGUGUUCAGCGCUCAUACGCACAGCAUCGUCAUCCGCUGCUGCUGGGUCAACACGUUGGUCUUCCAGAAGCAUCUUGACAACGUUUGUAUGCCCUUUCUCGCACGACCAUCGUAUGGCGUUGUUAUUGUCAUCAGCAGGAUUGACUCGUUUGUCCGCCAGCAACACAGCAACAACGUCUAAGCUCCCCUUUAAACUAGCGUAUCGAAUGGGAAGGUUGCAUUGCAUGGCUGGGUCAACCUCGCACUCGUUCAAAAGAGUCUGGACAACUGAAAUAUGACCGUACCUACAUGCUAGUAAUAGUGCAACAUCGAACGAGGACGUGGACGGCAGAUAGUUCGUCCGUAUCAUCCGUUUCAAGAUAUCUUUGUAUCCCAACGCACAUAUGAUUUGCAUAAAUUGGAUGCGAACCUCACGACUAUUGAAUUUUGUUAAAAAAAUCCAAACCCCCCCUACUCCACGUCGAGAAUUAAGCCUCUCAACGUAUGAAACGAGAGGGUGCUGGCGAUGUAGUUUGACUUUGGUAAUCAUUUCCAAGUAAUCGUCGACUGAAAUCGCAUCAAACCGUUGUUCUACAGGCAGGCGUAGAAUUGUGUUAAAAAUUACUGCCGACUCAACCAAAACGCUAUCAGAAAUUGCCUUUAGUGUCUUACAGCUCAAGGCUAAUUGCUGGUGGUCAUCUACGCACAAUGUUUGAACAACGCGCUCCUGCAAGUCUUGGGGUAAGCUGAGUAUGUCGAACAUGAUGAACACGGACUAUUAUGUCGAACUAUGGGGCUUGGUAUCUGGACGGCCAGGCAUCGUG